AUGAGCUAUCUCAACGUCGCCGAUAACAGCGGCGCCAAGCGCGUGCAGUGCAUCAGGGUGCUCGGCGGCACGCGUCACGUGAGUGCCGGGGUCGGCGACCGGAUCGUGGUCACUGUCAAGACGGCGAUUCCCUCGGCGGCGGUACCCAAGGGGACGGUCGUGCGGGCGGUCAUCGUGCGGACACGGAAGGAAACGCGCCGCGUCGACGGCACCUAUAUCCGCUUCGACGACAACGCCUGCGUUCUGAUUGAUGAGGCCGGCAAUCCUUCCGGAAAGCGCAUCUUCGGACCGGGUGGCGCGGGAGCUGCGCGAUCGUGA